AAAAAAAAAAAAAAGUCCAAUUACUAGAGGCAAGAUUAGCUACUACUCCGCUGCGUAAAUUCGACGACGUCGACGUGACGCCGCUCUCUCUCCAACUCUGUUCCCUUAGUUCUCUCAUCUCUCUGCUCCCUCCAAAUCCAGGCUUCUCCAGACAGACACUACGUGACUACAUCCUAAGCGUAAUAUCCGACUUUGGGCUUGCGGAGGAUCAGAGAAAGGUUUUCAGGGACAUUGGUGUUGGAGUUGGAUGGGAAUUGAGGAAAUUAGGAGGAGGAAGAGGUGCUGGAGAAAAAAGAAGUGAUGAUGAGGAAGUCUUUUAAGGAUUCUCUCAAAGCCCUUGAAGCUGACAUCCAACAUGCCAAUACCUUGGCUUCUGAUUAUCCUAGAGAAUAUGAUGGAGCUUGCCUCCAGAUGAGACUAUCAUAUAGUCCUUGUGCCCACAUUUUUCUCUUUCUCGUCCAGUGGACGGAUUGUCACCUUGCUGGAAUUCUUGGCUUUCUCAGGAUCCUUAUUUAUAAGGCAUACGAAGAUGGUAGGACAUCCAUGUCCGUUCAUGAAAGGAAAGCUACUAUAAAGGAAUUUUAUGGUGUGAUAUUCCCCUCCUUGUUGCAACUUCAAAGGGGAAUCACUGAAGUUGAAGAAAGAAAACAGAGAGAAAUCUGUGCCAAGAAGUACACUAGAAGUUAUGAAAUGGGCAAAGGUAAGUUGUCUGAAAUCGAAAUUGAGAGAGAAGAAGAAUGUGGAAUUUGCAUGGAGAUGAAAUCUAAGGUUGUUCUCCCCAGCUGCAACCACUCUCUCUGCUUGAAGUGUUAUAGGGACUGGAUGGCCAUUGAGCACCAGUGUCUAGAUAUCUCAAUGUGAUGCAGCCAUGCAGCAUGUAAUUACAGAAGCCUAAUUAGUCCCAUGCCCUUCAUUUUGAUUCUUGUGAUAUAUUGAGCUUUAGUUCUGUAGAUCACUUAAAACCAGCCAAGGGCUACAUUGCAAUCGCUCGCUCCUGGUGUGGCAUCUCUAUCUAGUCGUAUGGUACCCGCUCGAGUUACAAUAUAGUAAAUCUGAUCUCAGGCUCAGUUAAAAAUCCUCAAGUCUGAAUUUGUAGCAUUUCCGGGUAAUCUUUGGUCCUAGUGCGUCUGCUGAUUUCUGCAAGGCAAGAGCUUCAAACAGAUUAGAAAAGGAAUGGAAUUUUUAAAAAUCCUCGUCCUGUUGUUAUCAGUGAAAGAACUAAAGUUUAAUAAAUUAUUGGAUGCAGAUGACCAGUUUGAUUUGUUUCUA